GUUCUUGAGUGCUCUUGCCGGUGGUGCUGGGAGUGAUCUUCCUGCCGAGGGACUCAAGGUCAAGCUACGCAGAAAACCAAAGCCGCUGGAGGGCGAUCCGCACGAUGGAGGCCCUGCUGAAUAGUCAAUGUGCCGCGCAGAGCGUCGGCCCCGCGAACCAACUGUUUGCGCUGCUCGUGCAGACCAUUCUCGCGGCCCAGUGUACGAUUUCGCCCCCGGACAUGUGGCCCAAGGACUACGGACCGACGGCCAUGGCGCGCGGGCUCGAGGAGUAUGAUUUCGUGAUCGUUGGUGCGGGCUCGGCCGGGUCCGUGGUGGCCAACCGGCUGUCGGAGAAUCCGGAGUGGAAGGUCCUGCUGCUCGAGGCCGGUGGCGAUCCACCGAUCGAGUCCGAGAUACCGGAGACUUUCUUCACGAUCCAGAAAACGGACGGUGACUGGGAGAACUACGCCGAGGUGACGACGAACGCCAGCAAGGGCUCAAAGGAUGGUAGCUUUUGGCCGCGCGGCCGCAUGCUCGGCGGGUGCGGGGCCAUCAACGCGAUGCUGUACGUGCGGGGCAACGCGCGCGACUACGACCGCUGGGAAGCGCUGGGCAAUCCGGGCUGGGGCUGGAACGAUGUGCUGCCGUACUUCCGGAAGAGCGAAGACAAUCAGGACCCCGAGCUGAUGGGGCGCGACGGAGGCGCACUGCACGGCACCGGAGGCUUGCUGAAGGUAAACACUUUCCCGAUGCACCACCCGUUGGGUCACAUCCUGCUGCAUGCCUUCGAUGAGGCCGGUUUCGAGAAAAAUCUGGACAUCAACGGGCCACGUCAAGUGGGCUUCGGGCCCGCCCAGGGCACGAUCGCUAACGGUGCGCGCUGCAGCCCGGCCAAGGCGUUCCUGGUGCCGGCGAAGGAUCGCCCGAAUCUGCACGUCAUCAAGCACGCGGUGGCCGUGACGGUUGAGCGUGAACCGAGCACCAGGCGGUUCAAGUAUGUGAUCUUCAUGCUGAACAACACGGUCCUCAAGGUGGCGCACGCCCGCAAGGAAGUGAUCCUGGCGGCGGGUUCCGUCAACACACCGCACAUCCUGCACCGAUCCGGUGUCGGACCGAGGGGCCUGCUCGAGCAGGUCGGCAUUCCGCUCGUGGUCAAUCUGCCGGUCGGCGAGAACCUGCAGGACCAUCUGUUUGUGCCGAUUAUGUUCAAGUUCCACAAAUCGACGGCCGCCAACUACAACAUGCCGCUGGAGAUGGCCAAAAAUUUGUUCCAGUACGUGACGGACCGGUCGGGACCGAUGGCCGGGCACGGGGUGACCGGAUUGAUCGGGUUCAUCAACACGCUCAGCCCGACGAAACCGUUCGCCGACAUCGAGUAUCACUUUUUCCAGUUCGAGAAGGGUUCAGGCAAGUCGAUGAUGUUCGCCGACAAGGUCGGCUACAACGAGGAAAUAUCGGCCUCGAUGCUGGAGGCGGCCACCGAAGCCGACGUGGUGAUGGCCAUCGUCGUGCUGCUGAAUCCGAAGUCACGCGGACGCAUCACACUCGCAACCGGGGACUUUGACGAAUUCCAGCCUCCGAAGAUUGUGACCGGCUAUCUGGAGCACGAGGACGACAUGGCGACGGUGCUGCGUGGAAUCCGUCACAUUACGAAGCUGCUCGAUACGGACACGUUCCGCGAGCACGAGGGCGAGCUGCACCGGGUGGCCAUUGGCGAGUGCGAUCCGCUGGCGUUCGACAGCGACGAGUACUGGGAGUGUCACUCGCGCCACAUGACCCUCACGCUGUACCAUCCGGUUGGUACGGCCAAGAUGGGACCGGACACCGAUCCGGACGCGGUGGUCGACGCUAGGCUGCGUGUGAAAGGUGUCCAGGGUCUGCGCGUGGUCGACGGUAGCAUUAUGCCGAACAUUGUGUCCGGCAACACGAACGCCCCGAUCAUGAUGAUCGCCGAGAAGGCGUCCGACAUGAUCAAGGCGGACUGGGCUGGGCAGGAGGCUAAACACACGGAGCUUUAAGGUGGUAUAGGGCGGCGAUGAUGGGCAUGCAUUCUGUAUAUUUUCAAUAAAUGUGACAUGGCUUCAGGUUCA